CCUCCAAUUCUCCACUAAACACUCAAAUCCAUUUUUCAAUUUUAUUUUCCUUUCCUUUAAUUUCUCUCUCUCAGUUCUCAUUCAGUUUUGAAAUAUGACUCCCGGAAUGGCAGUUGAGAAUGACAAUACCGUUAUGGCAUUAGAAGCUCAAAUGUACCAAAAGGGUGUGAAGCAUCUUUGUGACAACGGCUUGAAUAAGCUCCCUUCCAAAUACGUCCUCCCGAACUCCGACCGCCCCGACGCCUACAAAUCUGCUCACCUCGAUGUCCCGGUUGCUCUCGAACUUCCCGUCAUUGACUUCUCCCAGCUCUACGGCCCCAACCGCCGUUACGUCCUCCGUUCUCUUACCAAAGCCUGCGAAGAAUAUGGCUUCUUUCAGAUAAUAAACCAUGGAAUUUCAAAUGAUGUGAUAUCAAACAUGAGAGAAGUUUGUUCAAAAUUCUUCGAGCUUCCAUACGAGGAAAGAGCCAAAUACAUGUCAUCCGACAUGCAUGCGACAGUACGUUAUGGGACAAGUUUCAACCAAAACAAAGACAAUGUUUACUGUUGGAGGGACUUCUUGAAGUUGACUUGCAACCCUAAUCUGCACGAACUCCUCUCCGGCUGGCCAUCGUCUCCGUCAGGAUUCAAAGACUCGGCAUCGACAUAUGCGGAGGAAACCCAAGGGCUAUUCCUAAGUCUGGUGGAAGCCAUUCUUGAAAGCUUAGCAGGAGAUAUGGAGAAAGAUGAAAACUUGUUGAAUGAGUUUGAAAGAGGAAGCCAAUUAAUGGUGGUGAAUUGUUAUCCACAAUGUCCUGAGCCAGAACUAACCCUAGGAAUGCCACCUCAUUCUGAUUAUGGCUUUCUCACUCUUCUUCUUCAAGAUCAAGUUGAAGGUCUUCAAAUUCAUUACCAACAAAAAUGGGUCACUGUUCAACCUUUGCCCAAUUCCUUUGUUGUCAACAUUGGUGAUCAUCUAGAGAUAUUCAGCAAUGGAAGGUACAAGAGUGUUCUACAUAGGGUUGUGGUGAAUGCAAAGAAGGCAAGAAUGUCAGUGGCAACAUUACAUAGCCUUCCUUUUGAUUCAACAAUUAAGCCAUGGCCAAAGCUUGUGAAUGAACAGAAUCCAAGGCUCUAUAAAGACACUGAUUUUGGUAUCUUCCUUGAUUACAUUACCUCUUGUGAGCCUAAGAGGAAGAAUUUCUUAGACUCUAGGAAAAUCAUAUAUUGACUAAAUAUUUUAAUUUAUUACUAGGACAAUAUGUAUAAUGUCAGAAAUAUAUUUAUAUAUAUAUAUAUAUAGAUGUUGAUAUAAUUAAUUAAGUUUAUUUUGUGGGUCUCAAGGGUAGUUUUGGCAAAAGGUAAAAGCCAAGGAAACCCUAGUUUAUAGAUGAUAUUGAUGGCAAAAAUUGUCGUUUUUGUAUAAUUGGAAUGUGAAAGUGAAGAAUUU